UUUGCAGUAACUUUGAAGAAGCUGUAAAGAUCAACUUGAAUAUGAGGUAUUUGCUUCAACUCAAAGUCUCUUGUAGGCUGUUAGACUGAGUUAAAGGAAUUUGUGUCAGAGUUUGUGACUAUAAACUCAGAAAACAGAGGAGAUGGCAUCACAUCCACAAAUGACAAGAUUUAGGUAACAGACUAGUGUUACCAAAUUACAACCUGAAACAGCUGCUAGAGCUGCUGAGAAGCAUUUCAACAUUAUAGAGAAGCCAAAUCUGCAGGACCAAUGUCAAAAUCAAGAGGACAUAUCACUGAAAGGCAUCGCUGUCAGUUGAAUGUGAUGUUUGUUGGAGGGCCAAAUGAAAGGAAGGAUUAUCAUAUCGAAGAAGGAGAAGAGCUUUUUUACCAGGUUAAAGGACAUAUGUGUUUGAAGAUAAUUGAAAAUGGGAAACAAAAAGAUGUUGUCAUACAAGAAGGCGAGAUGUUCCUCCUACCUGCUAGGAUACCUCAUUCUCCUCAGAGAUACACAGACACUGUAGGUCUUGUGAUUGAGAGGAAAAGACUGAAAACAGAAAUUGAUGGGCUCAGAUACUAUGUUGGAGAAUCAACUAAUGUGCUCUUCGAGAAAUGGUUUCACUGUGAUGAUCUCGGCACUCAACUUAAACCAAUAAUUGAAGAGUUUUUCAAUUCAAGACAAUAUCAAACUGGAAAACCAAAUCCAGAUGAACUCCUGAAAGAAACACCUUUCCCACUGAAUUCCACUUCUGUUAUGGAGCCGUUUUCCUUUCAAGGCUGGUUAAAUGAUCAUCAUGGUGAAAUAAAACAGAAGAAAUCCUUGAGUGUGUUUGGAGAUAACUUUGAGACAGAGGUUAUAGCUUAUGGACCAGGAACAACCGAGAAAAGUAAAACAAAUUCAGAUAUCUGGAUAUGGCAGCUGGAGGGCACAUCAACUGUUACCAUGGAUGGUAAAACCUUGAGUCUAUCUGCUGGUGACAGCCUGCUUGUCUGUGCCCAGUCUACAUACUUCUGGAAGAGAACAGAAGAAUGUAUUGCUCUCUGCAUUGCUCAGGAUCCAAAACGCAAGCAGCCUUAUACCUAGCUCCUAUACCAAUUGAUUUUGAUGAGAACUAGUUUUUAACCUAUUUGUCUUAUCUUAACGAUCUUGUAGCCAGAAUGCUUGGAGAUUUGAAUGGUCAAAUGCAAUGAUUACACUGAAGUAAGUGAAGUCAAAGUUCUGUGACCAGUUAAAGCUUUUUUCCUCCUAAGUAGUUAAAGGUGCAGCAAAAUCUACAGGCAGUAUUUAAAACAAACAAACCCUAAACAAACAGAACAAUAGUUCUUACCUGCAAGUAAAUGAACACAGAUCCAAAUAGCAGGAUUACUUAUAUAAUAAUAUAUAUGAUACAAUCUAGAAUAAAUUAAAGGCUUUUCAAAUGUAAGUCCACCUCAAGAUGUAGAAAAGGAGAUAGGACAGAUACUGUUAUACCUACUUAGGUAACAGUCUUCCUUUAUUUGUCUCAGUGUUGUCAUUUGUAAUAAAUUGGGUAUAACAUUAGUUACCCAGUGCACAGUAGGGGAUCUUUAAUUGGCACUACCUCACAGAUCUUCUGACAUCUAUGUCUAAAAGACCCUUUAAAAACCAAAACAAAUUAUCUGCUGCACUGCUGUGGAUCUUUGUGAAGGAGAGGAAGAUACAUUACUAAGAUUACUACUGUACUUGCUUCAGGUAAUUUCUUAUCGGUUUACCAAAUCCAGCAAUGCAGUAUCAAUCACAGUUAUCAAUAACAAGCCACACAUACCAUACUAGAUGCUGCCUAUACACAGCACUUUCAAGAACCUAGUGUUGCAAUAUGACUAACAGAGGAGCAUCUGGGUCAUGGGUGUUCAUGUGCAGCAGAAAUCUCAAGUCAAAAUAACUGAAGAAGUGUGUUGGCAGACAAGGGAGCAGAAAAAAAUAUUAUAAUCAGAUUAUACCAAGUGCUGCUUCUUUUUGAACAAUGAGGUUUUUUGCAGAAAUAAGAAGUGUCAAAUUAUCUUUUCCUGCUUUUAUUUCAGGAACUUUCCAGAGGGAUUUGGGUUUGGUUGGUUUGUUUUUUCAGUUGUUGGGAGGUUGAGGGGCUGGUGGUGUUUGUUUGGAUGUGGGGUUUUUUGGUAUUUUUUUUUUGCUGGUUUGCGUUUUUGUUUCUUUAUUAAAUUGUGCCUCACAUUAUUAGAAUCAGAAAACAGGUUGCUUAAAUGUAAUAGAUAAUGCCUGCAGACAUGUUUGAGAAAGCAAAAAGUUGCCAUUUCUUCAUUUUUUUGUAAUUCUAAUUAAGUUCAGAAAACAUUUCUUUAAUGUAUCUAUCAACUACAAAGCUCAUUAAACUGAGAUGCCAUAUGUGUUUUUUCAAGUGUAUAUUCUUCUGAUGAGAAAGAAUCAGAUGGCUUGGUUUUAAUCUAUAACUUAUAUUUAAAUUUACUAACUUUUCUAGUAAAGCAUACAGCAAAAUUUUGCUACAUCCUCCUAAUAAAAGGAGAACUAAUUUGAGAAAUUGAGCUUAGUCCCUAAGGCAGUUAUGGAUGUGAACUAUCACACAUGAAAAUGAGCUAUAAAUGACUCCCUUGUUCAAAGGAAGUGUUGUCCGAUUACCACUGCUAUUAGUGUGUCCUGUGUCUGCAGAAUUGCCUACUCCUUGAGUGAACAUCUAUGGCUGAGGGAUCUAGGGUACCACUCAAAUUAUAUUUGUGAUUAAGUCCUUUUAUGACUAUUUGUUCUUGAACAUCUGAAUUUUACCCAAAUCCCAUGGUAGGUGCCUCGAAUCAGAGCAAGAACCAGACCAGGAGCAUUAAGCCAGAGCUCCAUCACCCACAGUUCUUCUACUGCUGGUGCUCAGAAACCAGGUCAACAAUUAACUUCUUUUGAGGACCUACCAUCACCUAAAAACUAUCCCUAAGAAUCAGGAUCAAACCAGCAUGAAAUUUAUUAAAAAGCUUAGAUGCUAGGUAUGGGGAGAAGAAUCUUUUGUGUUCCUGUCACUUUUGAGAAUUACUUCGGUUGUUUUGUUUCUCUUUGCACCCCACUCCCGCAAUUCAGUAAUUAUUUGGUAGCCAUAGCAUAAACGAGGACACAGAAGAGAACUUGUAAUUUACUUCUUCUAAAGACCUUAACCACUGUGAUUUAGAAACCUGCAACUUCUCUACUUCCAAGUCCUCAAGUAGGGGCUCCUGAUCAGUCAGUGAAUCUAUUUCAGGUGCUUUAUUCUUCCUCUGUUAUACAUAUAUUGUAAACUGCCCCACUGACGGUACAUUUGUAAUUAGAUGCACCCAUGCUCGUCUGCUUAUGAGGAAGUUGACCAAAUGUGGUUUUGGUUCCUGUUGUCCUUUUAGCUGUUAAGCACUGUUUCUGUGCAUCUAUGGUCAUCUCAGUAGAUGCUUCUACACCAGAGUUGUUGAGAUCACAGUCCAGGGGCUCCAAUGCUAGUCUUGCCACAUAAAGAAGGAUUUCAGAUUCUGGUCAUUGGCAAAGGCUUACUUAGGUGCAUGAUCUGCAAAGUGCCCUAAUGCACACCUGUUGACAAUAUGCUUGUUCGUGGAUGCCAAUGACAACACACCAGCACAAAAACAUGUCCUAUGCAUAUAUUCAUGACUGUUUUUCUUUACAAUUCUUUCUAACAAGGUGCACCUGCACCCUGAUUUAGACAGCCAUUUUUCACCUCAUACUUAAUAAACUAAUUACAUUUUGGCAGGUUUGUGCUAACUUCAUUGUGACAGUCUUGCACACAGUCUGUCUGUUGCUCACUGUUUCUCCAAGACUCAAAAGCAAAGCCUUUAUACAAGUAUAUAGACUGAGCAGUAUUACAAUAAAGUCUACAUAGACCAAAAGCCAUACCUGCACCAUACUCCUUAAAUUAAUUAUUACAUUAAACACAUGCAGGAUUGUCCUGAAUCACAAGCUGGAACUGACUUGAAAGCUUAGAAACACAAACAAAGGAGUUUGAGUCUACCUACCAGCAUCUACAGAGAGUUAUUUCAAGCCUGAAUCUUAUCUACCCUGGAAGUAAGCUACAGCUUUCCCCUUCACUUCAAAUGGGAAAAGGUGAUGUGGCCCAAUCCCAACAGUUGUUAAGUAUCACGAGAGGCUAUGAUUGUUCAGUGCCUCUAAAAUGUUUAAUCUGUAUGAGAAAACUCUCCUUUUUAGCUACUGAUAUAUUUUCAUUUCUAUUAUUAUAGUAUUUAAGUGGUAUAAUGAGCAAUAUAAGCCUUACUGUAGUACUUCAAAUUGAGCAAGUAAAUUGCAACUUACAGCCAGCCUUUCAAUUCAUUUAAAUUAGCGAUAUAGAUCAGAAAUAUUUGAAGUAAUUAGUAUCUCCUAUUGCCAAUAGGUUAGACAGGUCUAACCUGGUAUGGUACUUACAUUCUUAAUUUGAGCUAUGCUGAUUUACAUGAAUUAUAGAAAUAAAUUGAUUGUGUCUCGCUGUAUUCCUCCUUAUUAACUAUUGAAAUAUGAGACAAUAACAAAAAUAGGUUGAUUAGCCAGUUUACAUUAUAUAUCAUCACCAGUUCAAAACAACUAUUAUUGCUUGAAGUAAUUGUAAUACUUAAUAUCCAAAAUAACACUGGUGCAGUAAAUAAAGCUGAAGUCUUCACCAGCU